UCACCUCUUCUUCCCUCUUCUCUCGUCCCUUUUUCUCCUCUUCCUAACUCAACCUCGACCGCUACUCGCCAGCUACCCAUCUUCAAUCGACAUCACCAUAGUCUUCCCCAUCAUCGCAUACGCUUAACGACACUCGAGUACAGACAUUGAGCCCCAUAUCUACGACCAACUGCUAUAGGAUUGAUCGCGCACUGUGCGCCUGAGAAUACACAACUUUACGUCAUCGCCAUGGACCCCAUUCCCGCUGGAAUUGCUCCCGCCGCUGUUGGCGCCGACAAAGUCCCGGAGACUGUCGCAACCACGACCAGCCUUGACACCAAGCCUACGGAGUCUGUAGCCGCCGAGACAAAGCCCGUCGAAGAGAAGAAGGACGAGGAGAAAGACGCGAAGAAGGAAGAAACUGCGCCAGCGCCCGAGACAUCAGCCGCCGAAUCCGCGAAGUUGAAUGGACCUCCUGCGCUCGCUCCACCAGCUGACGCGCCAACCGCGGCAGACAGUGCCGCCGGUGCGCCAAAGCCUGCUUUCAUUGAAGAAGUUCCCGACAAGGACGGCCCGGUCGCGACGACCGGGGUCGAAGAACCCAAGUCUAUUCUCGCCGAGCAGUCGGCCGCGACAUCUGCGCCUUCCGCCUCGGCUGCCGAGCCUGAGAAGAAAUCGGUUGAAGAGCCCAAACCCAUUCCUGCUGAGAAGCCGGCCGUGACAUCUACGCCCGACGCUUCUUCUGCUCCUGCUGUCGAGCCCGUGAAGAAGUCGGUAGAGGAGCCCAUUCCUCAGGAGCCCGCCAAAGAGCCUACAGUUGAGGACGAGCCGGUCAAGGAGCCCAUUACCGAGAAGCCCGAAGCUGUCAACGGUGCUGCGACCAAGGAUGUCGAGAUGACGGGCGCCCUUAACGAUGCCGAACCUGCUGGUGCUGGUGAGCGCGAAGCUGCGCCGCAGAGUAUCGCGUCGGAGGCCAAGGCCGGCGACAAGCGCAAGGCGGAUGACCCCGCCGAGACCAACGGAGCCAAUGGCACCAACGGAGUCGAGAAGGCGUCUGAGGACAAGCCAGCCGAGAAGAAGGCCAAACGGGGCCCUGGCCGUCCUUCUUCGAACGGGGCUGCGAAGCAGUCGCCGAAGAAGGACUCGCCCAAUAAGGAGAAAGAGUCAUUCGGCCACAAGGUGGCCAGGAACGUGAAGAAGGUCAUGCCGGCCGUUGGCAGGACUGAGCGCAAGACUCGCUCCCAGGGUCCUGCUUGAAAUGAUGGACAUGUUCGUUGUGCGGAAAUUGGUUAACGUGGUUUCAACUUUUCCCCAGUCAAAAAGGCAGUCAAGCAACAAAAAGUCCUCCGGUCGGGGCUCGGACUAAGCCAACCGCGCGGGUGUGUUUCCUAUUCCUGCAAAGUUCAUGAUGGGUAGGUAAAAAGGUGGCGCGGAUCAAGUCAAUUGGAACUUCUCUUUCCUUGUUUCGUUUUUGGUUUUUAGGUACAGGUGUCAGUCAACGAGAAGGAGGGGAGAACGCUGUAAAUACUACGGUGCCUUUGCAUUUGCAACUUGUCAACCACGAUUCGAUCACGGAUGUCAUGUCUGCCCCGGCGACUGAUAUGUUCUACUGGCUUGCGGGAUAUUGGGAGAUGGCGGGAUGAAAACGAGUGUCUUUGUUCGUUGUCUCGGCCACCAGCUGUGUUCCCUCGCAUGUGCUCUGCUUACUAUCGGGACGAUACGACGUGCUAGUUGUGAACCCUGUUCGUCAGAAGUUAUUUUUUACUCAUUCAAAAAUUGACAUCAAUACGGGCCAGACGAAGUCUGUUGAUCCGAGUCAUCGGCAUGUGCAAUGGGCCCAACAGGAGAGAGAGGGAGAGAGUUUGGCGAUGUGGGAUCGACAGAUCAAAGAGGUGGGCGAUGACGUCUUUCGGGGACCCAGUGGCCGCUGGGCAUGUUCGGUCCAGACCGUGACAGAAUCUGAGGGGCGGAGGAGGUCCCACCAACCGCGUCACCGAGGGGCGAGUGCCAAGGGUUCGCCGAUCACCAUCGAGGACCACGCAAUGGGUAGCGAAGCCCUUGAUAGCGCAGAAGGCGCAUUGCGUACUUGUCUCGUCGGAUACCUCUUGAAGUGCAGUGUACCUGAAUUGAGUAUCGGUCGGGUCGGGAAUGCAGAUGGAAAGAGUCGGAGCUUCACUAGUUGAAUAGGGGGCCAUGCGCGAUGGGAA